CUUCACCUGGUGCUGGGGGCGCGUCUGCAAAGUGGGAAGCGGGUUUCGUUUUCAAACCCAAACAGUGCGAGGGAAGAGCAAGUGGAUCAUGCGUUAACGUUACAACAAAAACCUCCAGACAUCCAGUUGUUACAUUUCAACGUUACUAGCAGGUUACGCGGGAGUAAGUACGCGGGAAAAGUAACCCGCGGCGUCUAAGCUCCAGUUUUUCCGCGCCUGGUUAUUUUGGAUGUUAAACUGAGAAUCGGAUUGUGAGCUGCAGCUGCUGACCACUCCGGAUACAACACUGCUUUCAUUCAAUAUAUUCUUGACACUAAAAGCCUUUUUUUCUGCAAAGAAACAUGCCGAGGUCCAACAGGCAAAGAGAAUACAAACCUGGAGAUCUUGUAUUUGCUAAAAUGAAGGGAUAUCCACACUGGCCUGCGAGGAUUGACGAGUUACCUGAAGGAGCUGUGAAGUCUCCCUCAAACAAGUAUCAGGUGUUCUUUUUUGGAACGCAUGAGACGGCGUUCCUCGGGGCUAAAGACUUGUUACCGUAUGAUGAGAAUAAGGAGAAGCUUGGAAAACCAAACAAGAGGAAAGGCUUCUCUGAGGGACUCUGGGAGAUAGAGAACAACCCCACUGUCACGCAUGAAGGCAGCAAGUCAUCAAAGAAAGAGAAUGCAUCAGAACCAGCAGGGGAUACCGGUGGUUCAGAGAAAGCUGAAGCUGAAGGCAGCAGCGACGAGGAUGAAGGGGCCCUGGUCAUCGACGAGAAGAACGAGAGGGGAGGAGCCAAGCGAAAAGCAGAGGAGUCCACAGAGGCUUCAUCCAAGCGGCCGAAAGAUCCAGAGGCAGGAGGUGACUCUAAAGUAGACGGCAACAAGUUGAACACAGAGCCAAAGCUCAAUGAUGUGGCAGCUCCUAAGGCGUUGGCUCCCUCCUCUCAGAGCGAGUCGAAAACAGAGAACCAGGAGAACGCUGUGGCAGGAGGCAAGCUCACAGCCGAGAAGCCUGUGACAGACAGUGCUUAACGUCAAAACCCACAGGAGAAGACCAAGAACCUUCUACGCUUUUCUCUGGAAUUUGAGCGUCAACGUGUUUACCUGCGGGGUACCAGGUUUCAGUUGUUUAAUUAAUACAAGAAUUUAAGAAAAAAAAUAACCUGAGUGUUUAUAUUGAGACAUCAACAAAUCCUCAUAUGCCAUUUUUGGGAUAUCAUAUAUCCCAGAAACAAAACAAAAAAAACACAACAAAGUUUGCUAAUCUGAUUUCAAACAAUUACAAGGAGCACAGUGAGGCUCAUUUAUAACGGGAUUUUUGUGUGUAUAUAUAUUUUUUAUUUCUAAGUGCAAUUACAAAAAUUACAAAGACUGAAUGCUCGGUGUCAAAAAAAAAAACAAACACAUUUCAGGUCCGAGGGAAAACAACUGAAUAUAUGAUAAUAAAAAAAGGAGAACAUUUUAACCACACAAAAAAAAGAGAAAAGCUCCAAUUUGAUGGUUUUAAAAGAUAGAUACAAAUUGUCACACAUGUUCAGAGCUUUAGUUCAUAGAUUUAAAAUAAAAAAUCACUUUCAUCUGUUUAGUCUAGCUUCUCCGCUUCAUCUUCAAUCAUACAUUCAGACAGUGGAUUCAUGAUAAGUUGCACCUUAAGAGUCCCCCCCCCCUCUCUUCCCUCCCCUCUUUUAUCAUUCUAGUUCUCUGUAUUUUCUGCAACACAGGUUUUAUUGCUAUGGUAUAGUUUGUGCUUCAAGCAGGUGACCAAAUAAUUUGCUUCAUUAAACCAGAAUAAAAAAUAUAACGUCCAUUGAUGGAGAUACUAUUUUAGGAUUGAGACAAAGCCCCUCUGUAACGUUGUUUGCUGACGUGUUUAUUGAAAGCUGAAAGACAUUCCUGAAUGUUGCUGGCUCUUGAUGUUUGAAAGUCGAGCUGUGCUGUCUGUCGGUGGUAAAAAAACUAAAAAUCCAUCACUACGUUUACGGAAACAUUUUCUCUGUCAAAUUCUUUAAAUCCAUUAACGUCAUCUUUCAAUUUCUAUAUUCAGCUCAUGUGAAUGCUGCCAUUGCUUGAUACUGGAGGUGUAAUUGUGAAGAAUUGCAUACAGUAAUUGAUUGUACCAAAAAUUUUCCACUUUUUUUUUCAGCUUUGACAAUGCCAAUUUAUCUAACACACAUUGAGAAAUGACGAGAGUAAUCCACCCUUUUUUUGUAACGUUUGUUUCUAAGCCCUCUUGACUGGAAUACGAGGCUAUUUAACUUCAAUGGUCUGAUUGUUCUUGGUGUGAAACUAAAGUUGUGAUGUUUUACAGAUGUGUUUUAUUUCUUUAUCUGUGUAGAAAAACAUGGUGUGUUGUUUCUGUUCAAGGAUCAAAACGUUUUCUAAACGCUCUCCCCGCUCAUCCAUGUUACCAGGAGUUCAUCGCUUGAGUGUGCAUUUGUGUAUUUGGCAAAGUGAGCCCACGGUAAAAAAUGAUAAACCUAAGUGAAAUCUCAGCUUUGAAACGUGACAACAAUCCUGACUGCUGAUAAACGAACAAAGUGGCCUGCUAAAAUCUGGAGUUUUCACAGUGUGAUUCUUGAUUUGGAUUUCACUGUUACUUUUGGAAGUUGUCUUUCAUCUUAAUCUGCUGCUUAGUUCACUGUUGUAGCUGCCAGUUCAUUUAAUAAACUUGUCAAUUACAGAAAAAAAAA